AUGCCGUGGAUAGCAUUAGACAGCUGUUGUUCAUAUUUGUUUGCACAUCUCGCCGGUUAAAAACAGAAAAAACAUAUUUUUAUUAAAAACCAUAUAAAAUGGAUGAUCAGGCCUGUCCACGAUGUAAAACAACAAAAUACCGCAACCCAUCACUUAAGUUGAUGGUCAAUGUAUGUGGGCAUACACUAUGCGAAUCGUGUGUGGACCUACUUUUCUUAAAAGGAUCUGGCUCUUGCCCUCAGUGCAAUGUGGCACUGAGACGCAACAAUUUUCGCAUACAACUGUUCGAAGACCCUAUGGUCGAAAAGGAAGUUGAUAUUCGUAAACGCAUACUCAGGGAUUACAAUAAGAAAGAAGAUGACUUCAAUUCAUUGCAAGAAUACAAUGACUAUUUGGAGGAGAUUGAGACUAUCAUCUUUAAUCUUUGCAACAACAUCGAUAUCAUAGGCACAAACAAACGAAUUGAACAAUACAAAAAGGACAAUCGUGAAAUCAUACAACGCAACCGAACACGUAUGGGUCGUGAAGAGUACGAGCUGGAAGAAAUGCUCGAAUUGGAGAAGACCCAGGAAGAGGCUAGACGUCAGGAACUUUUAAACCUCGAAGUGGAACAAAAAAAGAAGAAGGCUCGUGAGAAGGAGGCACUCAUCGAUGAACUUAUGUGCAGUGGUAAAGAUGCCACAGCCAUUGUCAGCGAAUUUGCUGAAAAGGUUGAGAAGUUGCGUGAAGAAGAAAAGAUUUUACCUCCACCUAAACCGGCGACACAGUUCUCGUCAGGCAUUAAAUUUGGUCGCUCGGCAGAUCAUCAAUUCCUGCCAGUACCCAAAGUAGAAGAAGGGCCCGUGUAUAUACAUCAAAGGCCGGUACUUUUCAUGGAAGGUCCGGCUGCACCUCCUCUAAUAGAAAUUGAAAAACGUGGUUAUAUGUCUCAUGUCCGAGCAGAGAAUAUCACCGAAAGAGCUGGUGGCUAUCGAGCAACCUAUGCCUGUCAACGGGCUCUACUGGAAGCUAUGCAGGGUCUAUUCCAUGGCGCUAUUACGAAUUAACCACGUAGGCACCAAUUCAAAGAAUUGUUAAGUUAUUUAAGGAAAUGAUUCGUUAAGAAAGUUAACCAGUAGUUUAUAUUCUAAGUAAAACAGCAAAUAAAACAAAAAACUCCA